GUUGAUGAAAUCACAAUGGCGACUACCGCGUUCCGCUUGUUCGUCCACCGGCCGCUCCAUCAGUUCUACGGCUCCACUCCAUUAAAUCACUUCGGGAAUUUUGGACUCGCUAGUCGCUCAUAUUCCGCUAAACCAAAAUCAGCCAAAAUGAGUUUACCUAAAGUAUUUUUUGAUAUGUCCGUUGGUGGUCAACCAGCUGGCCGUAUUGUAAUCGAGCUUCGAAGUGAUGUUGUACCAAAAACUGCUGAAAAUUUCCGUGCCUUAUGUACUGGUGAGAAAGGUUAUGGUUAUAAAGGAAGUAUUUUCCACCGUGUCAUCCCCAAUUUUAUGUGUCAAGGUGGAGAUUUUACUAACCAUAAUGGCACUGGAGGUGUUUCAAUUUAUGGAAACAAAUUUGAAGAUGAAAACUUCACAUUGAAGCACACUGGACCUGGUAUCAUGUCUAUGGCUAAUGCUGGUCCAAAUACUAAUGGUAGUCAAUUUUUCAUUACCACCGUCAAAACUGCAUGGUUGGAUAAUAAACAUGUUGUAUUUGGUUCAGUAGUAGAAGGUAUGGAUAUUGUCAAAAAAAUUGAAUCCUUUGGUUCACAGAGUGGCAAAACUACCAAACAAGUAGUUGUUGAAGAUUGUGGUGAACUUUAAUUAAACAGUUAUAAUCACAUAUUAACAUCUUGAAUGUUCAAAAAUAAUAUGGAACAAGUAUAUGUUAAGUUAACAUUAAUUGAUAUUUAAUACUUUUGGUAUUUUGGAUAAACAUUAAUACUAUAAUUUGGAAAUAAAUUUACAUAGUUAAUAUAA